CCAGGAAUCCGUUCUCCUUGGGCUACGUAGCUACGAUUGUUUUUGUUGCUACAGGAGAGGAGGCUCCUAGGAUGCCUCUCUGAAUAAAGACGCUCAAAGUGCGAAGUGACUAGAUGGGAGCCAAAGCGGAAAACUAGGGAAUGGGAGAAAGGUACUGUACUCAGAGGCAUUAAAUCUUACUGAUCAGUAUUGCCCAUGUUUUCCUGAUCACUCCAAAAUAGCAGGUAAAGUGGCCUUGUGAGAAGGAAUGCCUGCCCAAAUAUCAGAUUUGGAGAUCAUGGAUGAAGAUCAAUUAAUUGAAGAAGUCUUGGAUAAGUUUGUAAAUUGCCAUGAACAAACAUACGAAGAAUUCCUGAGCACUUUUACUCAUCUUUCAAAAGAGGAUAAUGUGACCAAACGAGGAGCAUUUGGAACUGAUUCUUCAGAAAACAUAUUUCCUUCAGUAAAAUUUGCUCAUGAAAAUGAACCAAAUGAUCAUCAUCUUAGAAACAAAGCCGUCUUUCUUCAUACUUCAUCACAAUGUUCAGAAGAAGACGAACAGACAGUGAUAGAUGAAGGCCAAAAAGUUGGCAGUUCCUUUCAGGGUGAUCUGAAUCGGGCUGGAAAGGUGAAGGUAGACAAUUUCCUAGAUUUAGAAGAUUCGGAUGUGGAUGAUGAGACUCAGCCCCAAAUGAGUAAGGAUUUGCUGCUGCUUCCAGGAGAAGUGGAGGAGGACGUCUGCCCGCGUGUCCCUUCUUACAUUCCUUCUGUGGCCCAGCCCUUCAUCCCUGGGGUAAAGCCAGGGCCUGCUGGGAGAGGAGCUGACAAGCAAACAGAAGAGGUACUCGGAGAUGAAGUCCAGCCCUUCUCACUUGAUGAAGAAUUUGAUUAUGACGCUGUGAUGCUAACCCCCAAGUUCACUCCUGCAGAGAUAGAUGCGAUCACAGAGCUGUCCAAGCAAGAGAGAUCACCGACACAGACUUAGAGGAACCCCAUGGCUGAUUCACGGAGACAUCUUUGUGUUCGUGUUUAUUUUGUUGUUAUACAAGCAACAUUAGAAUAAAAGGUAAACCUAC